UGUUCCUGUGUCGGCACAGCAACUGCGGAAGAAUCACUCUGAACUUGGAGUCUCGUCGCCUCCAUGUCCUUCACAGUCUCCGUGGUAACUUUAGUUUAGUAAAUAGUUAAUGCUAGAACAAAAUGACCACCGUGGAGAUGAGUUUACAGCGGCUGUAGGAGCAACUGUGCACCUUUAGCCUAGCCGAGCUACUGAACUGAAUCAGUUGACAGCAGGUUUGCAUUUUUUAAUUUAUCUACUUUUAUUAAGUUGAGCUCUCAUAAGUAAACACUUACUUCCGGGUCCUGACAUGGAGUCGUGUGGAGUGUGUGGCACCGUUCUUGGAUGCUCUGCGGGACUUGUGGUGGCUGGUCUGGUGUUUGCAGCCUACAAACUUGGCUUACUAUACCAGCUGUUUCACAAGACUGAGACCAAGAGCCCUCGCCACGGCGGUGAGAGCGUUGCAGAGGUGCUCCGCGCCCAUGGGGUCAAGUAUGUUUUCACCCUGGUCGGAGGGCACAUCUCCCCUAUCCUGGUGGCGUGCGAGAAGUUGGGCAUCCGUAUAGUGGACACCAGACAUGAGGCCACUGCUGUGUUUGCUGCUGAUGCUGUGGCGAGACUCUCAGGCACAGUUGGUGUAGCAGCGGUGACUGCAGGUCCAGGUCUAACCAACACCGUGACAGCUGUGAAGAACGCUCAGAUGGCCGAGUCACCGCUGCUGCUCAUGGGAGGAGCUGCUGGUACACUCCUUCAAGGCCGAGGAGCGCUGCAAGACAUUGACCAGAUGUCUCUCUUCAAGCCCCUGUGCAAGUUCUGUGCCUCCAUCAGGACCGUCAGGGAGAUCGUGCCCACUGUCAGGAAAGCCCUGGCCAUCGCUCAGUCUGGAACUCCUGGUCCUGUUUUCAUUGAGUUCCCCAUCGACACGCUGUAUCCAUUUCAUCUGGUGUCCAAAGAGUUUGGAGUUAAGAACCCUCCCAAAGGCCUGAUGGGCAAAAUCGUCUCAUGGUACCUCAAUAACCACCUCAUGAAUCUAUUUGCUGGAGCCUGGGAGACCAGAGAUGCGACUCCACUUCCUGUUGACAUCCCUCAGGCUACAGACGAUCAGGUACAAAAGUGCAUAGAGCUGGUUAGUCGAGCCAAGAAACCUGUUAUUCUUCUGGGCAGCCAGGCAACACUCCCCCCAACGCCGACUGAUGACAUCAGGAAGGCGUUGGAGGCCCUGGGUAUCCCUUGCUUCCUUGGAGGCAUGUCCCGUGGCAUGCUGGGUAAAGACAGUCCUAUCCACAUCAGACAGAACAGGCGAGAUGCUCUGAAGGACGCAGACCUGGUGCUCUUAGCAGGCACUGUGUGUGACUUCAGGCUGAGCUACGGCAGAGUUCUUAACAGACGCAGUAAGAUCAUCGCUGUCAACAGAGAUAUGACGCAGCUGCUAAAAAACUCUGAUAUGUUCUGGAAACCAACUAUAGCGAUUCAGGGUGACGCCGGUUCUUUCCUGAUGCAGCUGUCUAAAGGCCUGAAGGGCCAUCGCUGUCCAGAGGAAUGGCCUCAGAGCCUCAAAGCAGGAGAUGUGACCAAAGAAAAUACAAACAGGGCCAAAGCUGAUGAGAAGACAGAUCGCCAUUUGAAUCCCUUGAAAGUCCUCCACAGAGUGGACGAGCUGAUGGCAGAGGACAGCAUCAUUGUUGCAGAUGGUGGAGAUUUUGUUGGCAGUGCUGCGUACAUAAUGAGACCAAGAGGACCUAUGCGUUGGCUAGAUCCAGGCGCGUUUGGAACUCUUGGAGUUGGAGGAGGAUUUGCGCUCGGUGCCAAACUCUGUCGUCCAGAUUCUGAGGUGUGGAUAGUGUACGGUGAUGGUUCCUUAGGAUACAGUGUUGCAGAAUUUGACACAUUCACCAGACACAAGACACCAGUUAUAGCUGUUGUGGGAAACGAUGCAUGUUGGAGUCAGAUAUCCAGAGAGCAGGUUCCCAUACUCGGCAGCAACGUUGCAUGUGGCCUUGCAUUUACAGAUUAUCAUACAGUGGCAGAUGGUUAUGGGGGUAAGGGCUACCUUGUAGGACGAGAAGACGAAGACAAGCUCAGUGACAUCAUCAGGGAGGCUCAAAGGGAAUGCCAGGAGGGCAAGGCUAUACUUCUCAAUGUUCUCAUAGGGAAAACCAACUUUAGAGAAGGCUCCAUCUCUGUAUAGAGACGCUGUGACUUCUUGAAACAGAACAUUCUUCUUCUUCUUCUUCUAGCUUUUCAUUGACUGUCAUGCUCUAUGAAGGUUUAUAGAGAAGAGGGAAACACUGUUGGAUGCUGUAGAGCCCAGCUCUGACUACACCUAUGCUAAUCCUUUGUGCCCUUAAAGCCAUAUUUCACAUCCCCUUUAAAAGUCCAUGAAUGGUCAUCUGCAAAGAACUACUUCCUUCAUCAGACUCAUAAAAACAAUAUCACUAACACAUCUUCAUAAACCUGCAGCCGUGGCUACAAUAUGUCUACAUCAUAAACUCACAGUUUUCAGAAUAUUUAUAAACAUAAUGCAAAGGGACUUUUUAUUGAUGAUAUUAUACAUUUCAUAUGAAACUCUGGCUGCCAGCCUUGAAUCAGAAGCCUUUUUCUCUGCAUCAUCAGACUUUAAGGUUCAUAUCGUAGUUUAUACGAUUUGCUGCAUUUUUUUUGAAGGAGAGGAGUAAAAAGUAUAACACUUUCUUUGUGUCAGGACUUUUCAUCUUCAAGGGCUUUGGGUUAGAUUUUCCACAUUAAAACAGCCUGCUAUAACUUGAGAUAGUGAUGGCAAAUACAUCGUUUGUGAGAGAGCACUGGUUAAACUUCUCAAAUUCAACCAGAAUGCCUUUUUCUCCUCUUAUCAAAUAAACAAAGAGCCUUUUUUUAUUAGGGCAACGUGAAAUCUUACAGGUGCAAUAUUCUUUAUCCGCACAUGAUUAGGAAUCAAUUUGUGUUCAAGUGAAAUAUUCUUUUGAAUGUUUAAGAUUGAAUGAAGGUAUGCCUUAUUAUAUGUGAUUGUAUGUUGAAUACAUUGAUAUGUAUCGGUUGAAAGGGUGUCUGCUGAUUCAGUUGUGAAUUUAAAUUAUAUUUAAUCUUAACUUGUAUAAAUUGAUAUGGGCUACCAUUUUAAAUGGGCUUUUACAAAAUAUUCAUUGCACUGUAAUGAUAACAUAAUGUACUCAGAGAAAAAAUUGUGGAUCAUGUCACUCCAUUAAACUUUUUUUUUUUGGUAAUGUAAGGAUGGUAUGUAUUUUAAACUACUAAUCAUAGAAUGUACAUUUGGAUGAAUUCUCAAAUAAAUGAUUGGACUUUGAAUGAUCAA